GGCGUUGAAGUACCUCCACGACUUGGCUGAAGAAGAGCUCGGUCACCCCAACGAUGACUUGGGCUCCCAGCCGGAGAGCAAGGUCCCUCGCACAGAGUGGAAAGGUCUCAAAGGAAACAAAGGGGGUAAAGGCAGAAAGCGGAAACGUGCAGACUCCGACUCUGCAGGAGACGAGGACUUUGUUCCAGAUGCUGGUGAAGAGGAGGAUGCUGAGGAUAUGGAAGAUGAAGACGAAGAGGAAGCAGCAGAGGAAUCGGGCUCGGACUCAGAGGCAUUUGGAAGAACUCCAGGAACCUAUAAUGUGAACCGAGGCCCUGUAAGUCCAAUCUGA